AUUUAUAAAUCAAAAGACAACGAAUAUAUAGUUAAAGACAAAGAUUAUGGCAUUAGUCUAACGCCGGACACUGUGAAUGAAGUCUGUGUCUCCCUUACGACAGCAAUCAAACUAUUCGUUCAAAACAAUAAGGCCUUAAUCAGUGAGUUUGGUCACCAAAUGCGAGCAAUUGGCGAGUGGUUUGAGACCCACAAUACGGACAAAUGGCAGUUCAUAUCGAGCUCUUUG